UAGAACAAAAUGGACAAUUUCGUUUCCGGUUUUUUCAACAACCUUAGGGAUAACGAACAUUUUUGGCAACAAAAUGAAGGAAACAAACCAACAGGCAUGGACGAUUACUUCAUGGAUGUUGCAGAAAAAACUAUGCUCAACUUUGUUCGUUCUCUUUGGGAAAAUCAUGGAAGUAAUAGCAUCUUAAGUGAAGAUCGCCCGAAUUCUUUCGUUGUGAUAGAAAUAACCUUGGUUAUUUUUGGAAUACUUCUGAACCUUUGUCACGGUAUGGCGUUGAAAUUCAUUCCAGGUGUAUGGAAAACUAACACGAAAUUGAUCGUCAGUCUUGCAGCCUCGGAUAUCAUUAUAUCAACCUUACAUUUUGUACAAAACUUUUACGUUUUUUCCGUCUGUUCUUGUACAAUAUGCUCUAAUAGAAUACGGGCCUAUGCAGACGUCACUGUCUUGGAUUUAUUCAACGACGCAAUUUGCACAAAUGUUAACGAUGCUAGGCUUGGCGGUAAAUUUGUUGAUAGCCACCAAAGCACCUUUACACUAUGACCGUUUGAUGUCACCGGGACGCGGUAACAUUGUGAUUUGUUGCUUUUGGAUUCUUACUGCGCUGGUAUUUGGACUGGCUUAUUUGUUGGUUUACAAGCUGGCUAAAGAUCAUAUAGUGGAUGCAUUAAAUGAAAUUUUCACAGUUCUCAAUUUUGCGUCAACAGUUUCCGGGAUAGCUUUAGUAAUUAUAUAUUCUGUAGUUUUCUAUGAAAUAUAUAACUUGAAAAAACGAUCGCCUCGGCUGAUAUUUCUUAGGAAAUCUGCUUUCACAUUUCUUUCAAUUUUGUUAACAUAUAUCGUUUUGCUUAUGCCAGGUACAUGGCUAGAUAUAUGUACAUACUUUGUAUCUGUUGAUUUUGAUUACUAUGAAACAAUUGUUAAAUUGAAAGCAACAAUUUCAUGCAUGUAUGUGCUGAAUUCGGUCGUCGAUCCAAUUUUAUAUGCCGUGAGAAUUCCAGAAAUCAAAACCUCCUAUUCAGUCUUUUUGAAGAAACUUGGUAUUGGAUCAAAAUGUAAAUGCCAAAGAGAGGACAGAACAAAUGUAAAGGUAAAUACGCAUGGGAUGAACGAGAAGGGUGAUGAAAAUAAUCAAAGAGAGGACAGAACAAAUGUAAAGGAAAAUACGCAUGGGAUGAACAAGAAGGGCGAUGAAAAUAAUCAAAGAGAGGACAGAACAAAUGUAAAGAAAAAUACGCAUGGGAUGAACGAGAAGGGUGAUGAAAAUAAUCAAAGAGAGGACAGAACAAAUGUAAAGGAAAAUACGCAUGGGAUGAACGAGAAGGGUGAUGAAAAGGAACAAAGAGAGGACAAAACAAAUGUAAAGGAAAAUUCGCAUGAGAUGAAUGAGAAGAGAGAUAAAAAGGAACAAAGAGAGGACAAACUAAAUGUUAAGGAAAAUACGCAUGGGAUGAAUGAGAAGGGUGAUGAAAAAGAACAAAGGGAAGGACAGAACAAAUGUAAAGGAAAUACGCAUGGGAUGAAUGAGAAGGGUGAUGAAAAAGAACAAAGGGAAGGACAGAACAAAUGUAAAAGAAAAUACACAUGGGAUGAACGAGAAUGGUAAUGAAAAGGAACAAAGAGAGGACAAACCAAAUGUAAAGGAAAAUACGCAUGAGAUGAAUGUGAAGGGUGAUGAAAAUAAUCAAAGAGAGGACAUAACAAAUGUUAAGGAAAAUACGCAUGGGAUUAACGAGAAGGGUGAUGAAAAUAAUCAAAGAGAGGACAGAACAAAUGUAAAGGAAAAUACGCAUGGGAUGAACGAGAAGGGUGAUGAAAAUCAUCAAAGAGAGGACAGAACAAAUGUAAAGGAAAAUACGCAUGGGAUGAACGAGGAGGGUGAUGAAAAUAAUCAAAGAGAGGACAGAACAAAUGUAAAGGAAAAUACGCAUGGGAUGAACGAGAAGGGUGAUGAAAAUAAUCAAAGAGUGGACAGAACAAAUGUAAAGGGAAAUACGCAUGGGAUGAACGAGAAUGGUGAUGAAAAUAAUCAAAGAGAGGACAGAACAAAUGUAAAGAAAAAUUCGCAUGGGAAGAAUGAGAAAGGUGAUAAAAAGGAACAAAGAGAGGACAAACUAAAUGUUAAGGAAAAUACGCAUGGGAUGAAUGAGAAGGGUGAUGAAAAAGAACAAAGGGAAGGACAGAACAAAUGUAAAGGAAAUACGCAUGGGAUGAAUGAGAAGGGUGAUGAAAAAGAACAAAGGGAAGGACAGAACAAAUGUAAAGGAAAAUACACAUGGGAUGAACGAGAAGGGUGAUGAAAAAGAACAAAGGGAAGGACAGAACAAAUGUAAAGGAAAAUACACAUGGGAUGAACGAGAAGGGUAAUGAAAAGGAACAAAGAGAGGACAAACCAAAUGUAAAGGAAAAUACACAUGGGAUGAACGAGAAGGGUGAUGAAAAGUAACAAAGAGAGGACAAACCAAAUGUAAAGGAAAAUACGCAUGAGAUGAAUGUGAAGGGUGAUGAAAAGGAACAAAAUUCUCAAGUGUAACAAAUGUGUGACUGUAACUGUACUGUUAUAUCAAGAAGACUUAAAACGACUGUAUAAAAGCAGUGGUCAUGAAAAAAUUAAAGUUGCAUUUUUCGUAAACAUAACAUAGCAGAAUAUCUUCGAGCAAAUAUUUUAUUCAAAAUGAUCCACUGAGCGAUUAACUAUUAAAAUAUUAUAAAAGAGAUGGUAUGGACAAUUUUGUUAAUUUUUUUUUUUGUUUUUUUUUCAACAAGAUAUUAUGUCAGUUUUCAUUUUCACCAAACUUUUUUUUGUAUUUUAUUGUUUUUAGUAUGAUAAUUAUCAAAAAAUAUGUGUGUGACAACCUAAUUAUGGCGUGUAUUGGUUAGAACGACAUGUAGUUUUUCGAGAUGUAAGAAGAAUAUAUAAAUAGUUUUGAUUAUUAUAUUACAAAUAUAUUUGAAAUGUGAAUUUUAGAGUGUAGAUAUUUUGUACAAGUUAUAGGUUCAGACUGGUAUGUACGAAUCAACCUUUUUUUCAAAUUUUAUUUGGGUUAGUGUAAAAUAUUUCAACAGUUUUGAGUGACUUAAAAAAUACGUAAAAGUGUGUAUUUUGUAAGAAAUCUUGUUCAUAUCUUGAAUGAUUUUCUGUUCUGUUCUAUCUUCUAAAGAUUUCUCCUAUUUUGCUCAAUAUUUUAAUUUCUUAACGAAUUUCAUCGUAUAUUUUUUGCACAUCUUUAUCUCUUGCAGUUUCACCCAUAGUUGUUCUUUUCCGAUGUUGUAAUUUGGGAUAAGAAUGUUUUAAUUUCCAUUUAAGUGCACUUAUCAACAUUUUGUCAUUAGCGGUCGCAGCCAUGGUUGUUUUAUGUCGUAGUAUUUUUGGAUGUUCAUUAUACAUACUAUUGUUUCUUUUUCCUAGAUUAUUAAAGAGAAGUAUCGGUUUGAGCGGUGUUUAUUUAAGAAAUAAUAUAUCCCAAAAUGUGAUUUUAUCUCUCAAUAACAUCACUGUUUGGAUUUCGGAUGCGAGGAAUUAUAUAUCACGAGGGCGUAUACCGAGUGAUAUAAUGAUGCGCAUCCGAACGACAAACAGUGAUGUUGUCCAGCGAUAAAAUCACCGAUUUGUAUAUAUUAUUACGAUUCUAACACGAAAUUAACAAAUAAAUGCUGCCGUACUGAUAUAAGCAAAAUUGUGCCUGAUUUGUUUCCGUACUUUUUGUCAGUGCGUCGGAUUUAAUAGUGGUUACGUCACAUGUAUAAUGAUAACGUCACAUGUCUAAAUAUAGAACGUCAAACAGUGUCUUUAUAGCAUAAUAACACACACUUUUAGAUAUUCUAUGUUCAAUAGGGAAAAAUGCGGGUCGUGUUAGAAUGGUUGUCAAAAAAUGUUCGUAGAAAUAGGCCACGGUAGCCGCAUCUAAAUGACGGAUAGGUGUUAAAAAUCCGCCAAAACUGGCCAGAAUCAUAUUGUCUCGAUUCUAACACUACUACGAAAAGAUAAAAACUUACCCUGCGUUUUCAUAUUGGCUGGCCUUUUUCGCACCCUACUUUGUUUUAAGUUAACUCUAUUAGAAAAUAUAAAUAUUCAAUCAUGUGUAUUACAUUUCAUUUAUUCAAUCAAUUUAUUCUAUCAAUUUAUUCUUGCAUAUCGGACUUGGUUUUCUAAUCUUUAUAAACUCUCCACUGGAAUCGGUCCGAGUUGCGCUUUCAGCCGCCAAUAAUGAAUAAUUUAAGAUUUUUUGUUUUAAAAAAAUACAUCAACACUUAGUUGAAAGAGAUCGAGAUGAAAUUCAAAUUUCGACGCAUGGCAUUCCUUGAGAUAUUUUGAUAGGAUUAUAUAUACAGAAAACAAAAUAUCAAUAAGAUGUUUAUGUUGCUUCCGUUAAAUAUAUUUUGUACACGCAUAAAAGAAUAGUGGUAUUCAUCAGCAAACAAAUACUGCUUAUAUUUUUUCUUCAGCACAAACAUAGACCAACAAUCAUUUUGCAUUUUCAGGGUUUGCAAACUCUACUUUCUUGAAACAUGAUUUUAAUCUUAUUCAUGUGAGAAUUGAAUUACAGCACCUUUUUGUGAAUGGCUCAUAGUUCACAUUCUUGUUACAAUAGAAGAAGCACUUAGGCUUAGGAGCUAGGCGUGGCCAGCGUCUGAUUAUAAAAGUGGAGCUCACAUACGUUUGUUAAACGAUAUAAACAUGUAUGAGUGUUUAUUAUGUCUUGUAUAUGUUUAAAUAUCUAACUGCAAGUGUAUUUGAAUGUUUUUAAAUGUUUUGUUUUGGUCAAACUUAGUAGAAUAA